AUGCCCAAAACUACCGCAGUUCUGUUCCAGUCCUUGUGCGUUGGAUACCGGCCUCGACCUCAUUCAAAAUGCCUGUCGCCAUUACCAAACAUAUCCGUCUCUCUGAUCAAAGCUCGGCUCAAACACUCUGAUAGCUCCACCUCAAUAUCUGAUCCACCCAACCCUCCCAAGCGUCUAUCGCAUCGCUCACAGGCUGCCACGACCUCUCUUCGUCGGGUUGCUGUCGAGGCUCAGCGUUCUCGCGACUCUCUGAUUCGCCGCAAUGGAAAGCAUCGUUUUGUAGAUCCUCAUGUUCAUACAAAUCAAGUCACUGCUUAUUGCGCUGCUGAACAAUACAACAUUCCUACUGCAACUCGUCUGAUUCAGCAAUGUGGCUAUAAUGUUGAUCCCUACACUACUGGCCUGUACCCUCAAGUCGUCCAUUUUCAGAUCCCGAACCCAGUCAUCCAAAAUGAGUCUGCCAAGGAACAUCUAGAAGGACCUGGCGAUGUCUUCGUCUUCCCUUCCGGUUCAAUCGUGUGCUGGAACGUGCCCGAGCCCCUCCAGCUAUAUCUAGUCCAUACUGUUCUUCAUCCAUCUGCCGAGAAUCCGCACUUGGAUCGUAUUGAAAUCGAGGACCUUGCAUACGUUGAGGAUUCCUCACAUCAUACGAGUGAGAUCAUAGGCGACACCAUCAUUCUUGGUACAAAGCCUUCAGAUGAAGCUUGUGCUGCUUUUACAGGCCCUUUGCCUUCACCCGAGAUAGACACUGUCCUGGCCAAGAUCGCCUUCUCCUCGGGUCUGGCCCGCUCCACCAAACUCGCUGUCCUUGAAGACCUCUUGUCUUCGUAUUUCUCCAGUACUCGCUCUAUACCAACUAUUCUGUCACGCGGUUCGCCGUUACGCUUCUCGAGGUCCUUCAUACUGCGCAAGACAGGCGAGCUUCUGUCCAUCCGUGCACAGCUGAAUCUCUAUUCUGAGCUCACUGACAGCCUGCCAGAUAUCUUUUGGGACAGUCCCUCUUCGCUUGGCUUGAGUGCCUACUAUGACGAAGUUGGACGUGCCUUGGAUGUUGGUGUGCGCAUCAAAGUUCUGAAUGAGAGGAUGGACUAUGCUGGAGAGAUUGCUAGUGUACUGAGAGAGAGGCUGAGCGAGAAACACUCGACGGGAUUGGAAUGGCUCAUCAUAUUUCUGAUCAGUAUUGAGGUCGGCUUCGAGUUGUGGCGCAUCUGGANNGAGAGGCAAGAAAAGCUUGACCCUACCAACACCGAAGCUCUCUUGAGGAGUGUCCUAUUGCAACGUCUGCAACAGCCUCCUGACGCUGCAUCUUCGUGA